GUAGUUCGUCUUUUCACGUGGGCGCCGUGUCGUCAUGGCGGCCCAGCGGAAACCCGUGCUGCUUGGCCUUCGAGACGUAGCGGUGCACGGCUGCCCUGGUGGGUCGGGCGCCUGGACUGCUAGCAAGCUUGGCGGCCUUCCGGACGCCUUGCCCGCAGUAGCUGCGCCUAGGCCAGCGUGUGAACAUUGCAGGCAGCCUCUCGCCUUGGUCGUGCAAGUGUACUGCCCGCUGGAAAGCUCCCCGUUUCAUCGGCUCCUGCACGUGUUCGCUUGCCCCAGCCCUCUGUGUGGCAGCGGCGGGGCACGCAGCUGGAAGGUGUUCCGCUCCCAGUCCCUGCACAUAUCAGAGAAAGAAGCGCCGGACACUCAGAAACAGGAAAAUGGCCUUGCAGCUGAGUAUUGGUGUGAAGGUGCAGAUGACUGGGGAAGUGAUAAUGAGGAGAGGCCUUCACCGCAGCUUACCUUGGAUUUUGGAAACGAUUCUAACAGUGCCAAAGACAUAGACUGGAUCGCCCAGCUCCAGGACCUACACUUUCAGGAUACUGUACCAGGUGCUGCUGUUCCUGUGCUUCCUGGGGUGCCUUCUGUGGUGCCACAUUUCCUGUCCUACUACAUCAGUGUCGUAGAUGAGGAUGAUUACAGUGGUGUUGUCAGUCUAGAUCAUGCUCAUAGUCUUCUCAGGGAGUAUCAACAGCGAGAAGGAGUUGAUAUGGAACAGUUGCUUUCCCAAAGUCUUUCUAGUGAUGGUAAUGAAAAAUAUGAGAAGACCAUAACUAGAAGUGGAGAUAAGGUAUUUUACAAAUUCAUGAAGAGAAUUGCUGCUUGUCAGGAGCAGAUUUUGAGGUAUUCCUGGAGUGGAGAACCACUUUUUUUGACCUGUCCUACAUCAGAAGUCACUGAGCUCCCAGCCUGCAGCCACUGUGGAGCCCAAAGGACGUUUGAAUUUCAGCUCAUGCCAGCGCUGGUCAGCAUGCUGAGAAGUGCUAAUUCAGGUCUUUCUGUGGAAUUUGGAACAGUUCUAAUUUACACAUGUGAGAAGAGUUGCUGGCCUCAAAAUCAGCAGACUCCCAUGGAAGAAUUUUAUAUUGUGCAAGAAGACCCAGAUGAAUUAUUAUUGAAGUAGAAUAUUUCCCUUUAUUUAUAUAAAUGAAGACAAAUUUUAAUGUCCAAAUUUGUGUUUUUACUUCAUUUUGACUAUAAGUUAUUUUUUUUAUUUUAAGAUUUUAUUUAUUCAUUUUCAGGGAGAGGGGAAGAGAAGAAGAAAAAGGGGGAGAAACAUCAGUGUAUGUUUGCCUCUUGAAUACCCCGUAAUGGGGAUCUGGCCUGGAACCCAGUCAUGUGCCCUGACUGGGAAUCGAAUCAGUGACCGUUUGGUUUGUAGCCCGUGCUCAAUCCCCUGAGCCACACCAGCUUCACUCUCAUCUAUAAGUGUUGUCUAUUUGGUACUAUGCCGGGACUGAAGCGAGAUUUAGAAUGUCCUGGCUGUGGGUUUGUCUAUCCUUCCAAGGUUAGUGGCCUUUCUCCCCAGUAGAAGCUUGGAAUGAAGCUCCUCUAUAGCCCAGAGGGCAGGCAUUAGCUGCACAUGCUGCCUGGUGGGCAUCUAGAGGGGAGAGCAGCUGAAGAGCCCUGAGCAGUGGUCAGCAUCUUAUUAUGCCUGCUGCUUCUGCACCUCCCUGAACUCUGUUGCAGUCCCUGGAUGCCAACCGAUCAAGCCACUCCACCUGCUCCAGCUGCUUUAGGCUCCCAUUCUGUGACACCAGCUGUUUAUAUCUGCCCAUGUUCUCCCCUGCCACACUCCCUACCCUCACCUAUUCUGUGGACUAAAAAGGGCCACACACUAAACCUGACAAGCUUAGGGGAGUCCUACAUGGCAGCCUCACAAACUCAAGGACUGAAAGUUAAUCCCACAGGAUGAUCUGAACAUAAAACUUCGUAACUAAAAGUGAGUCAUGGUGGGUAGUCAUGUCCUAGACCUUUAGCUUCCUUAACAAAGGUCACUCUUUACCUUAAGUAAACCUGUCUAUUGUCCGUUUGCAUCUAAGGUAAUAUACCUUUGAAAUCUGAGACUAAUCUUGUGCCAGACCUCUCAAGGCACAAUCUUGGCACCAGAACUCCAGACCAGGGAACCCCGUACCAUCUCCGUGUGCUGUAAAUGUUAACUAUUAACUAUCCUGUACCACCAGUGUAAAAGAAGUAUGUUUCUCUAUUUUUCCUGACUUUGCAAUGGAUUUCAUAUAACCCUCUUUAUGUCUCCUCUUUUUAGUCUGUGUAUAAAAUAAGCUCCAAAACUGCCAUUCUCUGGAGAAUUUUUUCAGUCUCUUGAGAUUUUGUUUCUUGUUAUUGUCAGGAUGGGUGGGGUAGGACAUAAUGGCAGCUGAACUACAACCCAGAAAAGACAGCCGACGUCAAACCAGGAAGCCAAAGCAACAGGCUUUAGCAAAAUGGAUAUCUGCAUAGCAACCUGAGCCCAAGGAGAACCACCAAUGCUAUAUUGCCGCUUUGUUCAAAGGGGACCGAUCCUCAGCUCCCACAAAAAUAACCAACCAGAAUAAAACCCUGCCACAUUCCCUGCUUAUGUGUGGCUUUUGCAGACUGGAGAACCUCUCCUGGGUGCACAAACCCCAAUAAAGCUCUAUACUGCCUAUCUUUGUGGCUGAUUGGCAUUUCUUCCGCAACAGAGCCUAAGAAAACCUUUCAGUUAUCAAUUUAAACUCAUAAAAAUUCUGUCCUGGCUGGUGUGGUUCAGUGCGUUGAGCACCAGACUGUGAAAUGAAAUGUUGCCAGUUCCAUUCCCAGUCAGGGCCCAUGCGGGAGUUGGGGGCCCGGUCCCUGCUUGCAGGUGUGUGAGAGGCAGCUUGUCAUUUUCCUCUCACACAUUGAUAGGUGUUUCCUUCCCCCUUUCUCCCUCCCUUCUCCUCUCUCAAAAAAAAAAUUCUUAAAAAAUUUCUCUACAGGUUUGAACAUCUCUUAAGCUGAUACUACCUUCUGCCCUUGCAUUAUCACUGGGACGGGGCUCUUGCUGAAUUCUGAACAUUGUCCUUCCAUCCAGCCAUCUGCUUUUCCAGGUUCUCCUCCAUGGGGGAACUCAAGAGUUGCCAGUUUUUUAGCUUUAGUUGUAUAGUUAAUAGGCUUGGUGAUUAAUGCAUGUAGAAAGCUAUUAUUCCAGAAACGGGAAUGUAUGACUGGCCCUACCCUGACUCCAGGAGACCCACAAGCAGUUCUACCUUGGUACCCCAGGCAGACUACAAGCAAUGAAGAUGGUAUCUGAGCCACUGUGCUCCAGGGAGGGAACAUAGCAGAGGAGGGACACAGAUAAUCACCAGUCAGCAGAUGAAAGGAUGCAAGGGAAAUGGAACAGCUGCAGCUUUUAUCUGAUUAACCUUUCCCACUGAAUUCCAAACCUCUUACCUCUUUUUCCGUGAAUUCUAAACCUUUUACCUACCCUCUUAUAAAGAAAGGUCAGCUUGAGAUGAGAUGUAAGAUGGUCUUUCAGGGUAUAUAACCUGCUGUCAUCUCAGAUUGCUGGCUAUCUGAAUAAAGCACCCAUAAAGAUCUAAA